AUGUCGCGCGCGAUCGCGCCCUCGAGCGCGGCCGCGGACGGGCGCGACGACCGCGCGGUCGCGCUCGCCGCGCGCGAGGUCGCGGGACACGCUUUGGCGGGCGCGGUGGCGGGAUGCGCGGUCGAGGCGGCGUUGUACCCGCUGGACACGCUCAAGACCCGGCUCCAAGCCGCGCGCGCGGGGACGCGGGCGCUCACCGCGCGCGGGGCGUACGCGGGGGUGUUGGGGAAUCUCCUGGGCGUCGCCCCGGCGAGCGCGCUGUUCUUCGCGGCGUAUGAACCGGCAAAGGUGGCGCUCGGGCGGGCGGCGGGACGCGAGCCGGGGGCGCGAGAACACCUCGCGGCGGCGGCGUUGGGGGGAUUGGUGAGCAGCGUCGUGCGCGUGCCCACGGAGGUGAUAAAGACGCGGCGGCAGGUGGGGGUUGGGGGGGCGACGGGGCUGCGGGCGAUCGUCCGAGCGCACGGGGUGGCGGGACUCUUCGUCGGGUAUUGGUCAUUCUUAUUGCGGGAUCUCCCGUUCGACGCGAUCGAGUUCGCGGGGUACGAGGGGUUGAAGAACGCGUGGAGAGAAACGGUCGGUAGAGAUUCGUUGAGUGCGGGGGAGGCGGGGGUGUUGGGGGCGAUCGCGGGCGCGGCGACGGGGGCGGUGACGACGCCGCUCGACGUCGUGAAGACGCGUUUGAUGACGAGUCCGGAGACGUAUAAAAGCGUCGUGCACUGCGUCAGGAAGACGGUGGCGGAAGAAGGAGCCAUGGCGCUUUUCAAAGGGGUCCAACCUCGCGUGCUGUGGAUCGGUCUGGGUGGGGCGUGUUUCUUCUCCGUAUUGGAAACCGCCAGAGGCGUCUUCGUUUCGCCCGAGGCGUCCACCGAGCGCGCGACGCGAUCGAAGCGCGACGCCAAAUCGAAGAAACGAGACGAGUGA